AUGCAGUCCUUCGGCACUAUCCUGUUGUCGUUCGCCGCUCUUGCGGUUGCGGCUCCUUCGGAACCCCGCGCUGUCGCCAGUGAUAACACCAGCCCUUUCCAGGUCUACGCCUACGGCCAAGGAAUCGGCGGCCUGUCCAUGUUCUCUGCAGGAGGUAGUAAGGCUGGUUUAAGAACUUUUAUCUCAAGAGGAUUCGUAAAGUUCUAUUAG